CUCUGUUGUCUUAUCACUUGCCAUCCCCAAAGUCGCCUCCGUUUCUCCAAUUAUUUUUUCCAAUUUUUCUCUUCGGCGCCGGCGGAUUCUUCUUGCCGCGGCCGCUUGUCCUUGACGAAAGCUGCUUUCUGGCUGUAGAAUGGCGAAGAAGCUGCUUGUCUAAAGCAUUGCACUGAUCGGCGAUUGCGCGCCCCGCAAGGACUGCCUCGCCCUUCAAUGCUUUUUUUCCCUUUGCGACAAUUCAUCGCAGCAAAGAUAUUCUAGACGGCCAUGUUUCUCUCUGGCAGAUUGCCUGCCUCGCCAUCACUGCGAACGCUACUUAAUGCCUCCAGGACUCGCCAGGCGUCGCAGUUGUUAACAUACAGACACAUGUCGCAGCCUCUUCGCUCGUAUUCCGACUUGCCCUCUUCUUCCUCUCCGAAAUUCUCCUACCACAUUGCCGCGUCUUUCAUCGCAAAGGACCGUCCGUACGACCCUUCCACGCACGUGUUCCACUUCAACCCAUACAAUCGAAUCCAACCGCCUCGGCACCGCCGAAAGUCUUCGCGACCUGAAUCCGGCCACGAUGCAUUCUUCGUGAGCAGAGUUAACGAGUCUGGCUCUGUGGCCUUUGGUGUUGCAGAUGGAGUGGGCGGCUGGGUAGAUUCCGGUGUCGACCCUGCGGAUUUCUCCCACGGAUUCUGCGACUAUAUGGCGGCUGCAGCAUAUGAAUACCCCUCGACCAGCGACAAACCUCUCACAGCGAGGAAGCUUAUGCAGAUGGGAUACGACGCGGUUUGCAAGGACGCAAAUGUGCCUGCAGGCGGCAGCACGGCUUGUGUCGCCAUUGCCAGACCUGGUGGUGUCUUGGACGUGGCCAACCUGGGCGAUUCGGGUUUCUUGCAAUUGCGCCUGAACGCAGUGCAUGCCUAUUCCGAACCGCAAACCCAUGCCUUCAACACCCCGUUCCAGCUUUCAGUAGUGCCUCCCAGUGUUGCCGCGAGAAUGGCUGCUUUUGGGGGAGCACAAUUGAGUGAUUUGCCCCGAGAUGCCGACGUAACCCACCAUCAGCUGCGCCAUGGAGACGUCCUCGUCUUUGCAACUGAUGGCGUGCUGGACAAUCUCUUCAACCAGGAUAUUCUUAGGAUCGCCAGCCGGGUCAUGGCCAAAACGGGCGCGUGGAACAUUGCUGCAAACGAAGCAGUCACCGUGGCCAAUUCUCUAGAUGAUCUCACAGCCUCUCCCCACAAAAGCAACUCCCAGGAUGUGAUUGUGAAGAAAGCCGUGACACUGCAGAGCUUAUUGGCAACAGAAAUUGUGACUGCUGCCAAACUAGCGAGUAUAAACACAAAGAGGGACGGACCCUUUGCCAAGGAGGUGAAGAAAUACUAUCCCCAGGAAGGAUGGCACGGAGGAAAAGUCGACGACAUUUGCGUUGUCACAGCUGUCGUCUCGGAAGAUGCGGCUGAUAUCAAGAGCAAGCUCUAGAUUUACGAGGAGGACACGAAUCCACGCAAUAGAUUUUAGACAGCGGCUAAGCAUACGGGCACUUUGGUUUAGAAAGUUUUUUUUCUUUUGGCUAGAAUACGGUGAAGACGGAGGGUUAUGUUUUCUCUUUUUGUGUGUAUCAGUAAUUUUGUAGCAUGGGCUAUCCAUUCUUGUACAUUACCAGGUAGUUUAUUUGGGAAUAAAUAAAAUAAGACAAAGCAAAUAAACAAAUGGUUCUUUUUUAUGGCG